CCACUCCUUAGUCUUAACCCCGGCUGGCUCCCAAGAUGGAGGCGGCGGCGGCGGCGCCAGGGCCAGGGCCAGGGCCAGGGCCAGUGGCGAGGGGGCCUGGCGGGGCCCUGUGGCUGUUGUCGGGGCUCCUUCUCCUGAUGGCCCCCCGCCCUCUGGCCGCCCAGGAGACCCCCACCGACGCCGUCGUCAGCCAGGAAAGCAUCAAAAUUACCGUUAAUAUGCUGGGAGACAAUGGGAAUAUUCAGGAAGAACAGGUUGUCCUUAAUAUCACCUAUGUUAAUGGACAGGUGUAUGUAAAUGAUUUUCCGCUGAGAACAGGAGUUGCACGGAUAAAAUGUCAGACUUUAAUAUUGGUGAAUGGAAACUCAGACGAGCAGCGAUUAGGAACUGUAAGUGUUCGCAUUAUGGUCCAUGCAUGGCCAAUGGCAUCCAGCUCCAACUUGCAGUUGAUUGUUGUUCAGGAGGAAGUGACAGAAAUUGAUGGGAAGCAGGUUCAGCAAGAUGAAGUGACUGAAAUAGACAUAUUGGUAAAAGAUGUACAAGUCCUUAGGCAUACAAAUUACACUGUUCCUCUGAAAGAAAGCAUGCUGUAUUCUAUCCCCAGGGACAAUGAUGUCUUAUUUACACUUCCAAACAUAGCAGGAAAAGCAGAUAUUGAAAGUCCAUUACAAACAACCAGUCACUACCUUCUGAGACAAGUAGAAACUACAAUAGAUGAAGAGACUGUGCACGGCAAAUUGCCAGAGACACCUCUAAGAACAGAUCCUCCAUCAUCCUACAAGGUAAUGUGCCAGUGGGUGGAAGACCUGAGGAAAGAGCUGUGCAAAUUCUGGCUUAAGUCCUUCCCAGUGUUCUUUAACUUUAUGGAAGUCGUUGUGGUGGGAGUUAUAGGAGCAGCUUUAAUCCUAAAAGUCUUAACAUUUUUCUGUCCUGCAUGUGAACCCAGGGGAGUCCUUCAGCUUGAUGUCAACAUCAUACCUGUGGCUGCAAUCAGUUUACUUCCAGAAAUGCCAGAGAAGACAGACAUAGAGGAGAAAUGUAUUUGAAAACACCAUUGUUGCAAUUGACUAAGUUUGUUCACCUAAUAUUUGGCACUUGAUUCUUAAUAUAUUGUGUACCUUUCCCUAUAUUAAGCCUAUGAACUAUCAGUACUUCAGGAUACUUAAGUAUGAGGCCCAAAUUAAAUCAUAUUUCUUUUUAUUGCAAUCAUUCUUGACAAAAGACAGAAAAGGUAACUGUUUCCUUACAAAAGGACUUCAGUAAGCUUUUAACUUCUGUGAAGUAAUUUCUCUAUUCCUAUAUACAGUUAGUCAUCCCAAUUACAGUGGCUGCAUAAACCUGCCAUGCCAAUCCAAAUAACCUCUGCUUUGAAAUAUUCCGAGAGAAAGAUGAUUCCACAUAAAUGUGAUUUAACAUAACAGCCUUAAACUCAACAUAGCAACAGAAAGUAAUUAGGUCCUGUCAACACUGGAUUUUGCAAAAAUGCAAACAGGAUUAUGCACAUUUGUGACAAAAAAGAGAGCUAGUUGAGGCCUGCUGUCCUUAAGUGUGCCUUAUGGGAGAAGUCAACCGAAGAGCUUUCAUUCUGCUCCUUAAAAUAAAUGAAUUAUUAAAUACUUUGCUACUUUUGUUCCAAACAGCUAUCUGACCUUACCAGCACUUUAUUCACACAUCUAAAAUAAGGCCUCUCUGCACUAAAUUGUUGCAAGUGUUUCUAAAACUGUGUUUCUUGAAGUUGCAGUGCAAUAUAAAUGUAUCUCAACCAAGAGCACAAUAAAAAGAUGUUGGUUUACUAGGAAUGGUUUUACAUACAGAUUUGUACAAGCACAACUUUACAAUAAAUCCUUACCUGUUGAAA